AUGACACAUUCAUCCAGAUAUGAAAACUUCAACGGCAAGGUUGUCGUGCUUACAGGUGCCAGCCGUGGUAUUGGUAAAGCAGUUGCCGAUGCACUUGUUGCAAAUGGAGCACACGUUGUCAUUGGAGACCUUUUGGAGAAAGAAGGGCAGGCUGUUGUCGAUGCGUAUAAUAGCGAAGCUAAAUCAAAGGUAGCAGCCUUCCUCCGCACUGAUGUUACAAAAUACAAGGAUAAUCAAGACUUGUUUAAGCUGGCAGAAAGUGAAUUCGGUGGCGUUGAUCAUGCUGUUCUGAAUGCUGGAAUUGCACUCAACUCCAAUUCUUAUUUCAGUGAAAUGGACGACGAUCUGGAAGAGAAAAUCAUUGAUGUGAAUACUACUGCUGUCAUCAAAGGGACCAAGGUUGCUCUUUUGCAUAUGGCAAAGAGAGGGGGAGGAAGCAUUAUACAUGUAGCCUCAGUUGCAGGAAUUGUAGCUUCACCCUCUUUAGCAAGUUACAAUGCUUCCAAACAUGGCGUGAUUGGAUAUACUCGAUCCUUUACAUUGAUGCCAUACAUUUGCAAUGUGCGCGUCAAUGCUAUCUGUCCCUUCUAUGUUGACACUGAUCUGGUGAGCACCCAGCAGAAGAAUGAAACAGAGACGAACACGUCUCUUCGCAAGCUUAUCUAUACAUUUGAGUUUACGCCCAUGAGUGUAGUAGUCGAGGGAGCAUUGCAACUGAUGGCGGACGAUACAAAAAAUACUGAAACUGUAUUGUGUUUACCAGAAGGAAAUAUACCAAUGGAGCGGCCCACUUUGCCAGGAUCUCUUACAACAAAAGAAAAGACUGAAUCACUUAAACAGUACGCCACGGAAGUGUCUAUCCCUCUUGCUAAAUCCGCAUUGAAAGGAGCAUUGCAGCGAUAUGGUAUAUAA